GUAAAAAGAAAACUGGAGAAAGAAAAUGCAAAAAGAAAAUGCAAGAGAAACUAGAGAGAGAAAGAGAAACUUUUAAAAACUAGAGAGAGAGAGAGAGAGAAAAGUGUUCCACUUUUUGUUUUCUCCUCUGCCUUUUUAUCUUCAUUAGAUUAGAUUAGAUUAGAUUAGAUCCGAUGAGACCAAGCUAACACUAUCCACACAAACCCAGAAACAAUUAAGAAGCACCCACCCACCCCCCCGGAAACAAUUUCAAGAUUAAGGUUUCAAAAUUCUUUCUCUUCUGAAACCCUAGAAAUGGCGACCAGAGGUAGCAGAUCAGAGAAGGUGAAGAGAAUCUUUCAACAAUUUGAUUCAAACAGAGACGGUGGUCUCAACAGGGAAGAAAUGGCGGCACUCGUCGUCGCUGUAAACCCUAGGGUUAAGUUCAGCGACGAGCAAAUCAACGCGAUUCUCGACGAAGUAUUCAAAACCUACGCUGAAUUCAUCGAUGGCGAGAAGGGUCUCACCUACGAUGGACUUUUGCGGACCUACGACGACGGUGCCGGGGACGUGGACCGCGAUUUCGACGCGCUAGGGCUCGAGCUGAAACCAGAGAGCGGCAAUGGAGUCUCUGCGGCGUCGGAAGAAGCUUCAUCGUCUUCGAUCACCGACGAGAGGGUGGUGGAGCCGCACAAGAAGCAGAGGACCGCUGCGUGGGCUGCGUCGCCGAAUCACGGCAUUGUGUUCGACGAUACGUGGAAAUUGGUGGACGAUUUGGAGAUUCUGAUCAAGAGAUUGAAGGCGAAGCAAGCCAAGGAUGGGAAAUUGAAAGGGGAUAAUUCGGAUGCGUAUUCGGACCCUGGAUGGUCUAGAGAAUUGGGUCCAUCCUCAGAGAUUUCUGAUAAAAGGGUUUUCUGGGAAGAGUCUGGACAUGAUUAUGCCCUGUUUGUUAAAGAAUUGGGUGUUUUGAGAUCAAGAGCUGAUGGAGCAAGGUCCAGAGAAGAGGCUUUUGAUGGGCACAUGGCCAUUGGUAGGGUUUUGUAUGAGCACCAGUUGUAUAAAGAAGCUUUGGUGAGCUUCAAGAGAGCUUGUGAACUCCAACCCACUGAUGUGAGACCACAUUUUAGAGCUGGGAAUUGCUUGUAUGUCCUUGGAAGACAUAGUGAGGCAAAAGAAGAGUUUCUUUUGGCAUUAGAGGCAGCUGAGGCAAGUGGAAACCAGUGGUCUUAUUUGCUUCCCCAAAUUCAUGUCAAUUUGGGAAUUUCACUCGAAGGCGAAGGUAUGGUUAUUAGUGCUUGUGAGCAUUAUAGAGAGGCUGCAAUUCUUUGUCCAACUCAUUUUAGGGCUUUGAAACUUUUGGGUAGUGCUCUUUUUGGAGUAGGUGAAUAUAAAGCGGCUGUGAAAGCUUUAGAAGAGGCUAUUUACUUGAAAGAUGACUAUGCCGAUGCACAUUGUGAUUUGGCUUCUGCUUUGCAUGCCAUGGGUGAUGAUGAUAAUGCAGUUAAGGAGUUUCAAAAAGCUAUUGAUUUGAAACCUGGUCAUGUGGAUGCUUUGUAUAAUUUGGGUGGGCUUUAUAUGGAUAUGGGGAGGUAUCACAGAGCUUCAGAGAUGUAUACUAGAGUUUUAGGUGUGUGGCCCAACCAUUGGCGUGCACAGCUCAACAAGGCUGUAUCACUGUUGGGGGCUGGGGAAACUGAGGAAGCUAAGAAAGCUUUGAAGGAAGCAUUGAAAAUGACAAACAGGGUUGAGUUGCAUGAUGCUAUAUUACAUUUGAAGCAGCUACAGAAGAAGAAAUUUAAAGGGAAUGGAGGUUCGUUGGAUGGAGGUGGAGACGAGUCGUUUAUCGUUAUAGAACCCUCAAAAUUUAAGACGGUUGGUGAGAGGACAAUACUGAGGCAGGAGCUGGCCAAUGCACUUGAUAUUAGGGCUUUUCAGAGGAUCACAAGGUUGAGUCGCUGUGAUGUUGAACUUUUAAAGAAGGAGAUGACUGAAAGUGAUACACCAGUGUCCUAUUCUGGUAGUGGUGCUCCUGAGAAGUCCAUACGAAAGGCUUCAUUGGAGGUAAUUCUCCACCGGUUGCUUAAUUUCUUGAGGCCAGAAACUUUUGUUGGAGCUGUUAAAGCUAUAAACCAGAAAAUCCUCUCUGUUCUGGAUGAAACAGAGACAUGUAGAGUGGAUUUGGGCAUGUUUUUCGCUGUUCUUGCACCAAUUUGCAGUGGCUCUCCUGAAAAAAGAAAACGAGUUGCAUUUGAUGCGCUGUUGUGGCGACCUGUGAAUGAAGAUUCUACUCAGAUAAAAAAAUCAGAUGCUUUACGGUACAUCAAAUUGUUGAGGGCCAUCUACAUUCCAGCCCAUGGUCUGAGUGAAAUGCUGGAAAUCCAUGGGGACGCAGACGUCUCUGUGGUGUCUUUCACGGAUUUCCUUGUGAUGUUUGACGAUCCAGACUGGGGUUUCGGUAUCAUAUCCAGUUUAUUAAAGCUUGAAGCUGUGGAUAGAAAUCGCCAUGGUAGACAUGUUUGCUCAAUUUGCCGCUACCCUAUCAUUGGGCCCCGAUUCAAGGAGAUGAAAUCCCAUUUCAGUUUGUGCAGCCAAUGCUACAGCGAAGGAAAGGUGCCUCCUACCUUCAAGCAAGAAGAAUAUAGAUUCAAGGAGUACGCAACUGAGUCAGAAGCAAUGAAGGACAAGUGUACGUGGUUCAGUUUGCAUUCUAAGAGCUCCUCCCAUAGCACCCCUACCUAGUUGUUUUCAGAUGAUUGUGUAAUAAUAUCCCAGAUAUAAAUUUAGUUGUUCAUCAGUGUGAAAUAUAUAGCCUCUAAAUGUGUUCAGUGGGCUUUUGUGCCCUUUGUAUAAUAAAAUCCUUGUAAGUGGUUAUGCUAAAUUCAUUGUUUCCCAAAAGCAUCUGUAGAGAUUUUUUUGGUUAGUUGUCUUUGUUCUAGCUGUUGUUUUUCAUGAGUAAAGAGGUCUAUGGUCUCUUGUUGUUCAUCACAUCUUCUGUGCAGAAUUUGAUAUAAACCGUGAAAAUAAAAUUCUGGUCUAUGAGUUUACUGGA